AUGAUCUUCUCGCGCGUCUUCAACGCCGUCUUGGCAUCGGUCGCUCUCCUGAGCGCCGGCGUCAACGCCUACGCUGACCCUGGAGCAUGUUCCGGUCAGUGCUGGUCUCACGAUCCAUCUGUCAUCCAGCGAACUUCGGAUGGCGUAUACUUCCGCUUCGAGACGGGCAGCUUGAUCGGUAUCUGGAAGUCGAGUGCCCUGACCGGGCCGUGGGUUUACCAAGGUGCUGCGAUCCCGGCCGGAUCGUCAAUCAACCUGGCGGGCAAUGAUGAUCUCUGGGCCCCCGAUGUCCAAAAGGUCGGCAGCACCUACAUCAUGUACUACAGCGUCUCAACCUUCGGCUCGCAAAACUCAGCCAUCGGCUACGCCACCUCGACGACCAUGGAAUACGGGUCGUGGGUCGACCACGGCGCCACGGGCGUCACCUCGACCAGCAGCAAAAACUACAACGCCAUUGACGCCAACGUCAUCGCCUCGGGUUCCUCAUACUACAUGAACUUCGGCUCCUUCUGGGGCGGCAUCUUCCAGGCCCCCUUGAACUCGGCCGCCACCAAGGCCGCGAGUGCGUCUUACCAGCUCAUCUACCAGCCCGCGGGCAGCCACGCUACUGAGGGGAGCUUCAUGUACUAUCGCAGUGGCUACUAUUACAUGUUCUGGAGUGAGGGUAUCUGCUGUGGCUAUGAUACGUCUAAGCCUGCUACUGGUGCCGAGUACAAGAUUAGGGUGUGCAGGAGCACGGCAGUCAGUGGACCCUUCGUGGAUCAAACUGGCGCGAGCUGUUUGAGUGGUGGUGGUACUACCGUCCUAGAGAGUCAUGGGACUGUUUAUGGACCUGGUGGCCAGGGUGUCUUUUCUGAUAGCACCCACGGCACUGUUCUGUACUACCAUUAUGCUGAUACCUCCAUUGGUCUUGCUGACUCGCAGUACCAGUUCGGAUGGAAUGUCAUCACCUGGUCGAGCGGAUGGCCGACGGUAUAA